AUGUCUGCAGAACGUUCUGUACUAUUAUUGUCCUCAUCGAAGGUCUAUGGUUAUGGUUAUUACGAACAUUCCAAGGAAGAUAUAACCAAGUUUUUUAACAAAAAAAAUGUUACAAAGAUACUUUUUGUACCUUAUGCAAUGCCCGACCAUGAUGCCUACACAAAAGUUGUUAGCAACGCCUUAAAUCCCUGGGGUUAUGAGGUGGAGGGUAUCCAUACCAAAGCCGAUCCGGUUGAGGCUGUAUCUUCAGCUCAAGCGAUAUUUGUGGGUGGUGGUAAUACUUUCGUUUUAUUAAAAACGUUGUACGACUUAAAUCUUGUGGAUGCCAUAAGGGAACAGAUUUUAAAGAAAGGCACUCCUUAUAUGGGCAGUAGUGCGGGUACUAAUCUUGCUGCUCCUUCUAUUAAUACCGCCAACGAUAUGCCUAUUGCUCAUCCUCCCACUUUUGAGGCCUUAGGUUUAGUGCCAUUCAAUAUUAAUCCACAUUAUUUGGAAACCGACCCAAAUUCGAAACAAAAGGGUGAGACGAGAGAUCAACGUUUGGAAGAAUUUUUAAUUUUGCAUAAAAAGCCUGUGUUGGCUUUACCUGAAGGUACUGUUCUUCUAAUUGAGGGCGACAAAAUCACGUUGCUUGGUGAUAAAAAUGCUAAACUUUUUAAACCUAACUUGAAGCCAAUAGAAUUUGAACCCCAUUCAGAUUUGAGUUUUUUAUUACAUGACCUGUAA